GUAUUAUAUAUAGUUUUGUUCGAAUUUUUUUUUAUCAGUAAGGGAUAAAUUAUGCAAACUUUUUGUUUAAAAAAAAUGAUUGUGGCAAAAUGGAAGGGUUCAAAUGCUUUGACGAUAUCUGCUCGUUAAUAACCAUGCGUUAUCUUAGAGUUUAUUAAAUAAUAAUACUCUGAAGCUGUUGUGAAGGAAUAACAGCGUAGGGAAAUAUCAUUUAGACUUAAGGAUUCAUUAUUAAUAGAAUAUACAAAUGGUGAAAGUUAAUACUUAUAUCUGGGAACCUAAGUUACAGAUAUCGGUUAAAAUGAAAUUUUUUUGUAACAAACUACCAAUAUUUUCCGUCAUGUAAUAUGUAGAUAUGUAUGUCUUUUUAUACACUAAAACUAGCGCCAGAAAUCGAAAAAUGCCGUGCCGGCGAUGUGGACUGUAUUGCAAAAAUUUUACCCUAUCUCUUGCAAAAUUAUACCAAUGGAAUUCCUGAAAUUGGUCUAACUGACAUAGAGAAAUUAUCACUCAAUAAUGUUAUUAUUACAAAAGCAAAAGAGAAAUCGACAGUUACGUUAAAUUUGUCUUUCAAAAAGAUGUAUUUGCACGGUAUACGAAAUGUAACGGUACAACGUGUGGUGGGAUUUGAAAAGGAUCUGCUCAAUUCAAAAUUCGAAACCUACGUUACAAUACCGAAUUUGGUAGUGGAUGGAGAGUAUGUCUCCAGUGGAAAGGUGUUGGUGUUGCCAAUGGAUGCAACAGGUUAUGCGAAAAUAGAGUUGAAGAACACCAAACUUAGCUUGAAAAUGAAGUUCGAUGAAGACUGUAAAGAUGGCAAGCAGUAUGGGAAGAUAAAAGCGUUGAAAUGCAAAUUGACGCCUGAAUUAAUAGUCAUGAAAUUUGAUAAUCUCUUUAAUGGCAAUAAACAGCUGGGCGAGUCUUUGAAUCAGAUGAUUAAUGAGAACUGGAAAAUACUUUGGUCGGACAUGGAAUCACAAGUAAAUGAAGCGGUUGCGGGAGUAGUCAAGCGUCUGCUGACGAACGUAACAAGUGUAUUGGCCUAUGACGAUUUUUAUCGCAAGUAUUGACUUUUCGGAGUAUAUAGAUUUUAAAGAUUUUACAUAAAAAUUAGAAGUUCCUACAUAAAAAUUAUUAAUUCUAAAUUAAUCUAAAACAUUAUUCUUUAAAUAUUUGUGAGUGGAAAAAAUUUGUGUUCUGUCUACAAAAUUAAACAAAUUUCAAAAUA